AUGCAGGAAUUCCAGUCCUUCCCGGGCCUGGCCGGGCUGCUGUUCGGCGGCGCAGGGGCCGGCGACCUCCAGCGCGCGCAGGCGCAUGCGCAUGCGCAGCAGGGCCCCGGGGCGCGGUGCGGCGGCGUCUCGCCCGCGGCGCCGCCAGAGGCGGUGAAGUGCCCGCGGUGCGAGUCCACCAACACCAAGUUCUGCUACUACAACAACUACAACCUGUCGCAGCCGCGGCACUUCUGCAAGAGCUGCCGCCGGUACUGGACCAAGGGCGGCGUGCUGCGCAACGUCCCCGUGGGCGGCGGGUGCCGCAAGACGAAGCGCGCGUCGUCGUCGUCCUCGUCCGCCACGUCGUCGGUGCCGUCCACGCCCACGUCGGGCGACGCGGCGGCCAAUAAGAACCCGCGCCGCGCCUCGGCGUCCUCGCCCCGCUCCACCAACAGCGGCAGCGCGAGCCCCACGGCCGCCGCCGCGACGACGCUGGCCCCGACCCCGACCUCGACCACCCCCGCCACGCCGUCGUCGAACAGCAGCGUCGCCGCCUUCACGACGAGCAGCCACCACCACUCGAACCCCUUCUCCACGAUCGACGUGGUGGCGCCACCGGCGCCGAUAUUCGCCGAUCAGGCGGCGGCGCUGGCGUCCCUCUUCGCGCCUCCCCCGCCGCCGCCGUUCCCGGUGUUCACCUUCGCGGCGCAGCCGAAGGUGGAAGCGCCGACCACCCCCUCGGAGGUGCAGCUGGUGGCCGGACAGGGGCAAGCGGCGGCGCCGUCGUCCUCCUCGGUGUCCGAGGACAUGGCGCCGUUCGCGUCCCUGGACGCCGCCGGGAUAUUCGAGCUCGGCGACGCCGCGUCAGCCGCGGCGUACUGGAACGCCGGGAGCUGCUGGACGGACGUCGUCCACGACCCGAGCAUGUACCUACCCUAG